GAUACAAAACUUGACAUAUCCUUUUUAGUUUCUGCAAACGUGCAAGUACAACCUGGAGUGCGCAGAAAAAGGCUAAAUUAUAGCACCAUUUGACGCGUUGGACUGGAUAAGUAACACUGAAGAAAACCAGACACAUGCCAUUGCUAUAAAUAACAGUACAUAAGACAGUGUGCAAUGGCUCCGUCGCUCUCGCAGGCCUACAGGAGGCGCUGGUGGAUGGCUGUCACAUCAAUCAUAGAAAACCUGCUCUUCUCUGCUGUAUUGUUGGGUUGGGGCUCCCUUCUUAUCAUGCUGAAGAAUGAGGGCUUCUACUCGCACAUGUGUACAGAGAAUGUCACAGAGGCUGACACUAAUGUGAGUGUAACAGAACAGACGGUUUGGCUGAGCUGUGUUGAGCAGGAGGAGAUUCUGAAUCUGGGCUUUACGAUUGGCUCGUUCAUCAUCAGCGCAGCCACUCUGCCACUAGGUGUCCUGAUGGACAAGUUUGGUCCACGUCCAAUCAGAUUGUUUGGCAGUUCAUGCUUUGCAUUCUCCAUGGUUUUGAUUGCAGUAGCAUCUUAUGAUCCAAAAGUGUUAUCAGCUCUCAUAUUUAUUGCUGUGUCCAUGAAUGGUUUCGGAGGAAUCUGUCUAACCUUCACUUCACUAACAUUGCCAAAUAUGUUUGGAAAUGUGCGGUCUACGAUUCUUUCACUUAUGAUUGGCUCAUACGCCUCCUCGGCUGUCACUUUUCCGGGAGUCAAGCUGAUCUACGAUGUGGGUGUCUCAUUUUCUGUUAUAUUCUGGGUUUGGGCAGGGUUUGCCUGCCUCGUCUUCCUCAACUGCAUUAUUAAUUGGCCAGGAGAAUCUUUUCCUGGUCCUGAGGACAUCAGAUACAAUUUCAUGGGUGCCAUGAAUAAGAUGUUGGAGUUUCUGGUUACCCAUGGUGACUCUCAACCCUCAGAGGAGUUAGUGAAGGAGGCAGAUGAGAAAGUGAGUAUCUACUCGUCCAUCUUUGGCACUCUUCAGCUGCUCUGCCUGGUCUCCUGUCCUCUGAUUGGCUACAUCAUGGACUGGAGAAUGAAGGAGUGUGAGGCCGUGGUGACUUCAGCAGAGGGAGAAAAAAGUCUCUCUGGGCCUCCAAAGAGAGACAGAAAGAUCCAGAAACUCACCAACGCCAUCAGAGCUUUCAUCCUUACUAACACUCUGCUAGUCAUCUUCGGCAUCAUCUCCCUUAUAGACAAUCUACCCAUACAGGUGGUGUCUUUUGUUCUUCACACUGCAGUUCGAGGUUUUAUUCAUUCCUGCUGUGGUGGGCUCUACGCUGCGGUCUACCCAACUAAUCACUUUGGCACUCUGACGGGCUUGCAGUCCAUGAUCAGUGCUGUGUUUGCCCUCCUACAACAACCACUCUUCAUGUGGAUGGUGGGACCAUUGAAGGGUGAUCCUUACUGGAUCAACUUGGGCCUGCUUGUGUUCUCAUUGGUUGGAUACCUGCUGCCAGGAUACCUCUUCUACCACCGGAGACAAAUUACAAAAGAGAAUACAGCACGUGAUAGUCUGUCAGUGAGCCAGUCAGCGCAAGAGAGCAACAGCCUAAACCAAACAAAUGAUUCUGCAAAAUAUCAAACGAACGGGAACGUGGAAAACAUUUAGUAUUGAGAUGAAUGUGAAUUAUAAACCUGAUUUUUGAGUUAUGGUAUCAUGGCACUUCAGAAACUGGGCUUCAUGUUCAGUCACUGUAAAGACUUGACAAAUAUAAAACAGUGGUAAAAAGCAAGCAAAUGUGCAAUUUAAAGCAUCAGUCAAGGCUUUGACUGUGUGACUGGGCAGGAUGUAUUUUCAAGACUUUUAUUAUCAAUCAGAAAAACAUUAUGCCAUGACCUUCAAUAUAUAGUUUGCAGUUUUCUUCAUUGUUAUUGCAUUGACACUUUGAAAUAUCCAUUAAAAUGGUAGUUAAAUAUGAUCGAACACAUCUAAACUUCCUCCCGUGAAGCACCUCCUGCCUCGUCACUUAUGUUAAAAACAGUAUGAAAUCAAAAUUUGCUUUAUUUACUUUCUUAGGAAAAUCAAGUGUUAUUGUGCACAAUUUAUCAGUGCACAUUAUACCAAAGACAAUCAUUUUGUGUUCAUAAUCUUUUAUCAAAUCUUGAUCUAACUUGCUGAGAUACUAAGGGGAACCUGACCUUCAGUCUCCAUGUCUCGAUCAAAAAGCCUCUAUGGCGGAGGUUUCGGGAGAGUAGCUCACAAUUAACUGUGAACUCUUAUUCUACCAUGUUAUGAUCUUCAUUUUGUAUGUGCAGGACACAGACACAUUCAAAUUCAUAUUAGUAUGCAUAGUCAAAACGUUUUAAACCAUUUACGGAAUGUAGAGAAUGUAACGUUUUUCUGUACGGGUAAACCCAAUCUCCCUUCAAGACUCAGGUAAAUGAGGCAGGGCUUCAUGAAAUGCUCACUUUACCUUGACAUGGAUCCUUUUAAUUUUAAAACGUUGGUCGAUUCUUUUUUUUUGUCAUCCCUCUCUCACAAAAGUUGAUGGAAAUGCAGCUUUAUAUUACAAAUGGUAUUGCAGAGGCCAGUUUUGCACUAUAUUCUUUGUUUCAAAAGUGCUGUUCUGUAUGUUACAGAACUGUAAUCAUGUUAUCAGUUUCAAUGACUCUACUGAUUUUUCAACAUAAUGGUGUGCUCAUGUCUUUAAAUAUGCCUGAAAGAAAAAAAUCUAAUAUAUUCAAAGAUUUUCUCACAAAUCAGCCCAUUUCUUAGCUGAUUAUUUAUUUGUAAAAAAAAGAUUCUAAAAAAAGUUGAAUGAAAAAUGCUCCAUCAUUCAUCAUACUCAAGAGGCACUUAGACACUUACAAAUACAACAGAUGUGAUGUUUACCAGGUGUUCUGGUACAUUACAUAAUGAUAUACUCUCACACAUAUAUACACACAUCUGCCAUCUGACUCACUGUAACAUUAAAUCUGUGACGUCCCAGAAAAGGCCCAAUUGUCCAGCUUGUGCUUCUCUUCUUUCUUCAUUCCUCUUGUUUUUCUGCCACUGAGGCAGUUCUUAUCUCAAGCUGCUGCUGGGCUGAGCCCCAGUCAUGCCUGGGUGAUCAUGGCUAUGGCGAUUCUGCAAAUGGAGAAAUAACAAUACUGUAUACAUUUUAUUGUAUUUAUCAGAGAUAUCAGGUGUACUAUUUAUCACAAUUUAAUUACUAAUGCAUUAAUGUAUGAUAAUGUAUAAAACAAAUAAAAAAAUACUCUACUGUGAAAAGCUUUACAGUCAGUACGAUUUUAAAAUAAAUUAAUACUUUCA